AUGGUCGAGAUCCCCGGCCCUCUUCCUGCUCGCCCACCGACUCCUCCUAGGCCGGGUUCCCGAACCGAUGAGAACGAGCAGCAGUCCGCCAAUCUUUUACAGACCCCGGAGGCCUCCGUGCGGCCAGCAAACGCUACCAAACUGCCCCCGUCGAGUCACGGUUCCAAACGAGUCAAUUUCUCGCCAUGGCUGCAUACUGUCAUCGGCUCGCCCAAGUCAGACUCGAGCGGCAAACAUCCCGCGACGAAUUUACCAGCAAAAGCGCAUACGGAAAGCAGCAAGAGGAUUGAAGGAAAAGCCUUCAAAUCAAUCCUCAAAGAAACAAGUUCUCCAAUUCCCGUGUGGUCUCCCAACGUCAAUCGGUUCACAACCCAGUCAAUCGACAUGCUGCUGGAGUCAGUGGUUCAGCAAUUGGCAGGGGAGAGUAUCUCCUCUCGCCUCGACGCAUACAUGAAUCUAUUCAACGCACUGCGGACAUACGAUAGCUUGCCUGGGGGUAAAGAAAUUGGGGAAAAGUUGGGCUUGAUCACGGACUUCAUCCAGCGCGAUGUGACCCGCGAUUUGGUUCACGGCACUCCUAUGGAUACAACACUCGCGAACCAGGCAUUGAAGCUCUCAGCUGCUUUUAUUUGGCAACAGGACAUCUCCUCACAAUUGCCAGAGGACUUCAAGGCCUUUCUGGUGGAGCACGCCAUCACCUCCCUCCAGGAGAAUAAAGGUGCCAAGUCCGUUUUGACCCACUACUUGUCCAUUCUCUCUACGCAAAAUUUCAGUGCCAAAAUUAUGACAACUUCACGGAUCAUUCGCCUUCUCACUGCGCUUCAAGACUUGAGCAAACAUGUUACCGGAAAAGCCAUCUCAUUUCAUCGCCUGAGCAUCUACCAGCGGCUCCUCUCCCAAUUCAAGUCCACAUUUAUUUCCCAGUCCUCAUCGUGGAUGGAGCAUCUCGUCUUUGGUCUUCUCCAUUCCCACAAAGAGACUCGAAUCAAAGCCAUCGCUCUUGGCUUCCAGAUAUCCGUGACCGCUGGCCCAACACCUUCGCUUUCGAGCACUGUCCGGCAACUUUUUGAUCGGCCCCUGGAGGGUAACCGCAAAUUGGUGACCGAGAUCAAGGAGAGGAUGUCUCGCAUGGUCGCGACUCUCGAUACCGGUAUGCACGUUCCGCAAAUCUGGAGUAUCAUAGUUCUGCUUUUGAGAAGCAAAAAGUGGACUCUCGAUCAGUGGGAGCAUUUCAAGGAGUGGGUUCUCGUUCUUCAGCGAUGUUUCAAUUGCAGCGAGCCGGCCAUCAAGUCUCAAGCUAUCGUGGCUUGGAAUCGGUUUAUCUAUGCCGUGAGCCCUAAUGAGAAUACGAGCCGGUCGUUGUUGAAGAUGCUGGGCAAGCCGGUAUUUUCGCAAUUUGAGCGGAAGAAGUCUGAUAAACCAGGGGCAAAGCCCGCGCAACUGGCGUUGAGCAGCUACUACCACCUGCUCUAUUACGCAUUCCGCCCUUCAUUGCCUUAUCAUCAUGUCGACGUGAUAUGGGAGGAAUACGUUGCUAUACCGUCCGCAACCAUUCUUUCUUCACAUCCAGGCCUGAGCAAUACAACAGCACUCGUUGUAUCAAACCUGCUCUGGAGUCCGCAAGCAAAAGUCUGGGCCGAGACUCGAAUAACAGACAACGCGAGAAUGGAGGUCGAGGAGCUUCCAUCCCUUGAGCCUCGAUGGGUCCGAGCGAGGGUAUCAGUAGUUCUGGAAGUUUUUGAGUCUCUCUUCAAAACAUCUGUCUGGAAUACUGAAGCAAUCCAUGAAUCGAACAUUGCUAUUGCUUGGAAAAGCCUCGCAAAUGCGCUAUCGCUUGCCUCUAGCAAGGAAAUUACCCCUUCUGGAGAGUCUAUGCAGGCUGUAGGUAGCGUCCUCGGUUUUCUGCAUCGUCUGUGGGCUGCAGGGCCGUCAGGGCUGAAUGCUAUGGGUGAAGAUGCUCAGGACACCUUUUGCGAGAGAUUUCGGUUUUUAUCGAAGACUAUGAUCGUAUCUCUUGGUGGGGUACCUUUCACUGAAAAGCUCAUGCUGCUGACUGAAGACGGCGUCUUCCAGUCCUCUGCGACCCCAACCCAUCGUUCGCCUCCCUCGUCAACGAAUUUACACAGUCCUGCCAUUCAUCUUUUGCGGCUUAUCAGCAGAGAUCUCACAAUACCUUCGCCGGCUCCAUCAUAUUCUCGUCUCGUGCACGGGUUGAUCAGAGCAUCUUGCGACGCAAGGAUCUCGCGAGGCUCUCGACUUGAGUUUCUCAAACAGUGCGCCGAAGUGAGCGCCGGGGACUCGGUGAAUGCGGCUAGGGAGUCACCUUUAUUGGCAACUGUCUGGACUGAAACAGCUAAGGCAGCAGCAUGCGCCUUGAACACUUUUCCAAUAGAACCUGUGCGCGAGCGCAUCGGUGUCGCAUCCCGAGAUCACGAAAUUAUCACCGACAUACUUCUCACCGGCGUGGACUUGUUCCCGGAUGCAAUUUCGGACUGGUCAUGCCUUCUGAAUGAUUACUCUCGCGUUGUGAGGACUGAGAAAGACGACAUUGCCGUUGUUGAGCUUGUUGUGGAACCAAUUGCACGCCAUUUGUCUACAAUGGCCGUGUUCGAUACCUAUCUGCCUACAAGCUUUCUACUUUCUCAUUGUCUGUCCGUCCAUUUCGUUCCUCAGGCUGAACAUGAAGUAGGAGAAUCCUCACCUGAUUCAAUCAGAUCGCCGGAUUUUCCUGACGGUCUUUGGACGACUAUUGGGCGUAGUUUGGAGCUAGGCUACCGUAACAUCAUAACAUCACAUCUGCCUCGCCUUGCUGCCUUUGUUGAAUCUCUCGCGUCCUUUUUCAGCUCAGCUCCGCCGCUGUGUUGUGUCCAGGCAGCUGAGAUUGUCCAGGCACCACUGGCACUGUGGAUUGAAGACGCAGAAGGGAAGUUGUUUGCUCCACGUGGGGAGGAUGACUUGAUCACGUUUGCACACCGCGCGCUCUCGACUUCACUCUUCAACUUCCUUCGCAGCACUGUCUAUGACACGCAUUUGCUUCUGCCAAAAUUCGAAGUUUUGAUCUGCGCUGGUCUGAACUCCUCACACAAUUCCACCUCCCAACAAUUCGUCGACUUCUUGUGCGCAGCAAAGACACAUUUGGAGUCACCCACUUCGCAUACAACAAUGGGACAGGCUCUGUCGGCGGCCACCGCGAGGCUGGCAAACCAGGCGGAACCACCGUCACCUGAGAGCGAGUCCUCAACUUCUCUGCUUGAUUCCCUUGCUAGUUUCGACGAUUCAGCGAGCCAAAACAGUCAUGAAGCUAGUGUCGAUCCCGACGGCCCUUCCCCCGAGCUUGGAUUCAAUGACCAUGCUUUGCCCGAGCCCACGGAGCUGGGCGAGCCUCAGCUGCCAACAUACUCUGGACCAGAAAACUCGGAUGUACCAGCUGCUCUUCAAAAGAGUCGACGGGAGAUGUUUCGCAUGAUUGAAUCUAUUCGAUCCUCUUCGCCAGCGAACAGUCCUGCGGAAAAUGAGGCGGGGUUCAUUGCAUCUUCACCUACGCCCGCAACGCGCGAUCAAACACCAGUUGUGAAAUCGAACCCACCAGGAACCAAGCUCCCUGACAGUAUGGAACAAGACCUGCCAGAUCUGGCCUCCUCGCCGCCUGGAGCCACAUCUCAGAACCGCAGCCCGAAGAAGCUCUCCAGCUCAUCUCGGCGGGCAAAAAGGAGAAAACUCCUCCAGUCGAGUCUUGCCGCCAGCAGCAAGAAAACAGAGUCAUCUUCACACAUGAAUGAGAGACCUCCCAGUCGACGAACUCGUUCAUCACAAACAUUAGAUGGCCCAAUUAACAGUCACUCCGACACUGUUACGGCCCCGACUAUCGCGUCUGGUAGCACCAUGGGAGCUGGAAACCAGGCAGCCUCCAACCAAGAGAGAUCCAAGUCCUCAUCAAAGAAGCGAAAGAGAAAGGAAAGCGUGAAGCCAGCGCCCCCAGAAAACCAGCGUCUUUCCCAGGAACCUCAGACGCCCUUGGUGCAAAAAUAUCAUGCAGACUCUUCCAGCGAGGAUAUGGAAUCUCAGAUUGCUUCUCAGCUGGAACAAGAUAUGGAGCUCGCCAACGAUAUGGCCACGGACGUAUCUGCUCUUGGAACACAAACCUUGAAGGCGUUGACGUCAAAGAAAAGGAAGCGCGAAGACGAUGGUGAGAAGACCGGUGUUGCUGAUAGGCGGCGAUCGACACGUCUGUCAACUGCGAAAGGUGCCAUGGCCCAGGAUACGGAUGAGCCUGAACUGAUCCACACGGCAGCGGCAACAGGCUCCCAGCAAUCUGGGACUCGUUCUGUAUCCAGCCUCUCACCUACCAUGACUCGCCGGAUGACCCGCAGUUCUCAGAAGCGGGAAAAUGAUCUCUGCAUCACCGAUCUGGCGCCAGAGGCUGAAAUUCUGGAGGCUAAGCAGGAAGCACUCGAAGAUGUGCCUCCUGAACCACCUGCCAAGAAAUCCCGAAAAGCAGCAUGCUUGGAGGAUCAGUCUGCGCCUUCGCAGAAGAGGAACGCUCCGCGAAGCAAAAAUUCGCGCAGCUCUCGUUCACGCAGAUCGCGGUCUUCCCAGGCAGAGCUGAAAACCAAUCCCGUCUCACCUCAUACUGAGCGAGAUUCAUCUCACAGUGUCCUUGAGGCUGAACCGGCAUUGGUCGCAAAUGCGUCCAUGGACGCCUUAGCCAGCGAGAGCGUGGAUGCAUCGAUGGACGCGUCUGCUCAACAGCCCGUGCCAGCCGUAGCGUCAAAUGUCACCACGCUUACCCAGGAGUCAACAGAGGCCCUGGCCAUGGCUGUAGGAUCGAUGGACAUGCCUGAGUCUCCAGUCAUCCGCGAAGAAACGAUGGAAGUCGACGCCUUGUCAAAUCCACCUUCCGCAGAGACAGCGGACAUGGUUCUCGACUUGACCACAGCUACAGUUGAAACGGAGCCAGUCUCACCCACCCGCGAAUCCGACAACAGCGGUGUGGGUAUCUCCAAGUCUCUGAGAAGUCUACUUUCUGAAAUCAAAACUGCGAGCUUGGGACCAACCGCCUUGCGUGAGAUUGAUGAUCUUCUGUUCCAUAUCCGCGUCGAAGCUCAUGAAGCUUCUCGGCGCCACGAUAACUUAGCAUAG